CCAACUAGCAAGCGAUAAUGGAAGCACCGUACAUGCUCUGGCUUGUGUACGUUUCACUCGCCUCUUGUGUCCUCUACAAGUUCUUCGUUGUAGGCAAAAAGGACUCGCGGCUGCCGCCGGGCCCGACGCCGAUCCCUCUCCUCGGCAACAUCUUUGACAUCCAAGGCGAUCUGCACCAGGCUCUUACCAGGCUCGCCGGGGUGCACGGCCCCAUCAUAUCCAUCAAGCUCGGCGCCACCACCGCCGUCGUGGCCUCAUCCGCCGCGUGCGCCCGCGACGUGCUGCAGAAGUACGACCACCUCCUGGCGGCGCGGUCCGUCGCCGACGCCGCGCGCGCGCUGGACCACCACGAGCGCUCCAUCAUAUGGCUGCCGUCCACCAGCCCGCUGUGGAAGCGCCUCCGCGCCGUGUGCACCACCCACCUCUUCUCGGCGCACGCCCUCGACGCGGCGCGCGCGGUGCGGGAGGAGAAGGUGAGGGGCCUGGUGGGCUGCAUCCGCGGCCACGCCGGGGAGACCGUGGAGGUCGGCCGCGUCGUGCUCUCCGGGCUGUUCAACAUCGUCUCGAGCGUGCUGUUUUCCGAGGAGGUGGGCGACCUGAGCUCAGACCGGUCGCAGGUUCUCAAGACGCUAACAGACGACAUCCUCAUGGAGCUCAUCAAGCCCAACUUGUCGGACCUCUUUCCCGUGCUCUCCAUUCUUGAUUUGCAGGGCCGCCGCCGCCGUACCGUCGAGCGUCUGAUGAGGUUCUUUGACUUCUUUGACCCGAUUAUUGAGCGUCGUAUGAAGGCCGGAGGUGAAGGGCAAGGGGAUUUCUUGGAUGUGCUACUCCAGCUUCACUCGGUCGAUCAGCUCAGCAUUCAGACAAUCAAGUCCUUUCUUUUGGAUCUGUUCAUAGCAGGGACCGAGACAAACGCUCUCUCCGUGGAGUGGACGAUGGCCGAGCUCAUUCGGAACCCGGCCGUCAUGUCAAAGGUUCGCGCCGAGCUGCAGGAAGUGCUCGGUGCAAAGCAGUAUCCCGACGAGUCUGACAUCAACAAGCUGCCCUAUCUUCGUGCCGUGCUCAUGGAGACCAUGCGCCUUCACCCGCCAAGCCCGCUCCUGAUACCGCACCAGGUCAUGGCUGAAGGCGCGGAGGUUGGCGGCUUCGUGGUGCCCAAGGGUGCCAUGGUGAUCGUCAACUUGUGGGCCGUCAUGCGUGACCCGGCGUCGUGGACGCAACCAGAGGCAUUCCUGCCGGAGAGGUUCGUCGGGGCAGAUAUGGACUUCCGGGGCAAGGACCGAUUCGAGUUCAUGCCGUUCGGGGCGGGGAGAAGGGCCUGCCCUGGGUUGCCCAUGGCCACGAGGGUUGUGAUGCUCAUCCUCGCGUCGUUGAUUCACAUGUUUGAGUGGAGGCUGCCUGAGGGGAUGCAGCCGUGCGACGUGGAUGUUCGGGACCGGUAUAGGAUGUCUCUCAACAUGGUCACGCCGCUCAAGGCCGUGCCAAUGCCAUUAUUCUCGUGAUGGAUCUUUGGUUGUGUGCGUAGAUCUAGCUCGCGCACAUUUUUAUUUUGUUUAUGUGGUAUCUGUUUGUGUUCGAAGAAACUAUGCAAGCGAGACGUUUGGAUCACUACGUGUAGAAAUUAAUAGGGAAGUGAUGAUAAUGAAUAAAUGUACAAGUGCUUUAUGGAAA